AUGGCACCCUCUCUCGAACCUCCAGAAUCCGUCGAGGACGUCCUCGCCAACCCCCUCAAACAAAAACCCCAACUCGUCGCCCCAGAACCCGAACACUGUCCCGGCCCAGAAUCCCAACAAGCCGGCACCGCCGACUCCUGCGCCGGCUGCCCGAACCAAGCCAUCUGCGCAUCCGCACCCAAGGGCCCCGACCCCGACAUCCCCGCCAUCACAGCACGCCUCGCUGGCGUGCGCCACAAGAUCCUCGUGCUAAGCGGGAAAGGCGGAGUCGGCAAGAGCACGCUGACGGCUCAGCUGGCGCGGGCGCUGGCGGCCAACCCGGAGGUGUCGGUCGGCGUGAUGGAUACGGAUAUCUGCGGGCCGAGUAUCCCCAAGAUGCUGGGCGUUGAGGACGGGCAGAUCCACGUGAGCGGGUCUGGGUGGUCGCCGAUCUAUGUUGAGGAUAACCUGGCCGUGAUGUCGAUCCAGUUCAUGCUGCCGGGCCGGGAUGACGCGAUUAUCUGGCGCGGGCCGAAGAAGAAUGGGUUGAUUAAGAAGUUUUUGAGGGAUGUUGAGUGGGGGGAGUUGGAUUUCUUGCUGGUGGAUACCCCGCCGGGAACAAGCGACGAGCAUUUGAGCGUCAACACGUUUCUCAAGGAGAGCAAGAUUGAGGGCGCGGUGGUGGUCACCACCCCGCAGGAGGUCUCGCUGCUGGAUGUACGGAAGGAGAUUGACUUUUGCCGGAAAGCCGGUAUCCGGAUUCUGGGACUGGUCGAGAACAUGUCGCUGUUCGUGUGUCCCAAGUGCACACACGCGACCGAGAUCUUCAAGGCUACGACGGGUGGGGGGCGGGCGCUAGCGAAGGAGAUGGGAAUUCCGUUUCUGGGAGCUGUUCCGCUUGACCCACGGUUGGGUAUGUCGUGUGAUUAUGGCGAGAGUUUCUUCGAUGCGUUCCCGGAUAGUCCGGCGUGUCUAGCGCUGAAGCAGGUCGUCAAGGGGAUGGCGGGGCAGGUUGGGUUGGAUCCGGAUGAGAUUGUGCCGGAGGGAUGA